AUGAAACUUUCAUUUUUUUAUUAUCUCUUUUUAACACUCAUUUCUUCUAAAAAUUUUUUCUUUUUUUCUUUUUUCUUUUUCUUAUAUCGUUACAUACCUUUUUCUUUCAUUCUUUUUUCUUUUUCUUAUAUCGCUACAUACCUUUUUUUUUUUUUUUUUUCUUUUUCUUAUAUUGUUACAUACCUUUUUAUUUUUUAUUUUUUUAUUUUUUUCCUUUUCUUAUAUCGUUACAUAACUUUUUCUUUUUUCUUUUUCUUAUAUCGUUACAUACCUUUUUCUUUUUUUCUUUUUCUUAUAUCGUUAAAUACCUUUUUCUUUUCUUUUUUUUUCUUUUUUUCUUUUUCUUAUAUCGUUAGAUACCUUUUUCUUUUUUCUUCUUUUCUUUUUCUUAUAUCGUUACAUACCAUUUUUAUUUUCUUUUUUUGUUUUCUUAUAUCGUUACAUAUCUUUUUCUUUUUUUUCUUUUUCUUAUAUCGUUACACAAUUUUUUCUUUUUUCUUUUUUUUCUAUUUUUCUUUUUCUUAUAUCGUUACAUACCUUUUUCUUUUUUUUCUAUUUUUCUUUUUCUUAUAUCGUUACAUACCUUUUUCUUUUUUUUCUAUUUUUCUUUUUCUUAUAUCGUUAUAUACCUUUUUCUUUUUUUUCUAUUUUUCUUUUUCUUAUAUCGUUAUAUACCUUUUUCUUUUUUUUCUAUUUUUCUUUUUCUUAUAUCAUUAUAUACCUUUUUCUUUUUACUUUUUUCUUUUUCUUAUAUCGUUAAAUACCCUUUUUUCUUUUUUUUUCUUUUUCUUAAAUCGUUACAUACCUUUUUCUUUUUUCUUUUUUUUCUUUUUUCUUUUUCUUAUAUCGUUACAUACCUUUUUCUUUUUUCUUUUUUUUCUUUUUCUUAUAUCGUUACAUACCUUUUUCUUUUUUUCUUUUUUUCUUUCUUUAUAUCGUUACAUACCUUUUUCUUUUUUUCUUUUUCUUAUAUCGUUACAUACCUUUUUCUUUUUUCUUUUUUUUUUCUUUUUCUUAUAUCGUUACAUACAUUUGUCUUUUUUUUCCUUUUUUCUUUUUCUUAUAUCGUUACAUACCUUUUAUUUUUUUUAUUUUUUCUUUUUCUUAUAUCGUUACAUACCUUUUUCUUUUUUCUUUUUUCUUUUUUUCUUUUUUCUUUUUCUGAUAUCGUUACAUACCUUUUUCUUUUUUUUCUUUCUUUCUUUUUCUUAA